AUGGCUACCCCAUCUUCCAAACCGAAUCCCGGCGCGACACCGACGCAUUUGACAUCGUCUCCCCGUCCGUCCGGACCGAUACCCAAACCCAUCGCCCACAAAUCUCCAUCAACUAAGACUCCAUCGGCCUCGGGACCUGGGCAUCUUUCUCAGCCGCCGUCGGCGCACCAAUCCGCGACGCCGCUGGCCGCUACCACGGGCGCCGAUGACCCCGUCUCCUUCAGUUCGCCAUCGGCCCUCUUAGCUCUCGGUGCGUACGGGGGAAUUAGCCCAUCGCCGGCCGUUCACGAUAGUCUCGUUGCAUCCGGUAUGAACGAGAGUGAUAUCCAGGCAUUGGGUAUGCAUGGCUUGAAGCUUGGCGGUGCGCGGGACAGCGACGAAGAGCGAAGGAGACACAUCGAUGAAGUCGUUCAGAUCCUCCGGGCUCGUGUCGCCGGCCGCGGAGUGUGCCGAGAGGGCAUCGAGAGAUUGGGCCAAUUGGAGGGGUUCGAGUCGAUUUGGCAGGAAGACAGUCUCAACAUAGCGGGGAACUUCGUCGACCUCGAGAUUGACUUUUACCGCGGCCAGAACAUCGUCAAGGGUGUCAGUCUGAAAUAUGAUACGCCCGAGGCCGCCAAUGGCGAGCCUCGCGAGGAGGCGACGGCUGUCCUGAAGCAUGAUUUGGUCCAAACCCCUGAGGACGGAGAGCGCGGCUCGUGGAAGUCCCUCGCUGGGUUCCAUGAGAAUUUACAAUGGCUUGCCCGGCAUGAUCGACUCAGCCAGGAGGUCAACUGUUUCGAGGCCAUCGAGGGCCUGUAUGAAAGCCUCAAGCGCGUGUGGGAGGAGGAGAAGAAACAUUGCAAGGUCUCGGGUGUCUAUGAACAACUCUGCAGCGGCUGGGUUGGUCGACCUGGUCUGCAUCAAGGAGGCCGGAUUGGGCUCAGCUUGGACUACUGGGUGCAUCAGGCACGAGUUUUGGAUGCGAAGCAAAAGAAAACAUCGCCCGACGAGAUGGUCGUUGACCAACCCGCCGGCCAGCCAGACGACCAACUCGCUCGCGGGAAUGGCGGGUGGAGCGUCGUUGUUGAAUGUGAGGAGGGCUACCCAUCGCUUCGUGUCUCCAAGGAGUGGGUCAAUACCGAGGUGAUGACGGUGGUGAAUAAUGGAAAUGAGUCUUCAGCAGAUCAUGCAGGGUCCAGUGUUGCUGUGGUCAACUGGGCUGACCCACCGGCCACCCUGGCGCCAGGAAGCCAAGGUCAUUCCGAUGCAAUGACGCUGGAUUCGGGCAUGCUGGGCUCUGCGCCGAACCGUCGCUUCGUUGCUCGGCUGGAGCCACCUCUUGAUGUUCCCAUCAUCGCUGCUUCAGACAUUUACCGACAUCUGGGCAUCCAGAUGCCCCCAGAGUAUAAGAUGGUUACAUAUGACGGCCUGUUGGCCCCAGGAUGGUCGCCACUGUCGACAGCCGGUGCUAUGGGCCUGGGCCCGGACGACAUGUCCCAAUUUGGACGAAAGCGCCGGCGGUUAGAGGUCGAGGCAGUUGAUAAAGAUGGAAAACCAUGCACGAAGAAGCACAGCUAUACAUUCCAGCCAUUUGAGUCUGUCGCCGGCCGAACGAUCCGUGAUAUCCCGUUUGCACACCCUCGCCAGCUUGCUGACAUUCUCCCUACCCUACGCCAGUAUGCCUUCUUGGCCAACCUGAUUCGUAAUGUCUUUGCAUGCAAAGAUGUCGAUGGCAAGAAAGACCGGGGUAAUUUGCCGGCCGCGCUAAACCUAACGGGAGUUCCAACACAAACAUGGGAGUCAGCAAAGAGCGACACAAUAAUCCUGAGUAAUGACGACCCAGAUGAGAAAAGGCUCAACUGGUUGCUUGAAGAGACCAGUAAUGCGCGCGAGCCGGUCUCCGGAGAUGGCAGUGAAUUUACACCCGAUGACGAUGUCAAAGUCGACGUGACACUGCGGACCCAACUUGGACAAGCACCCGUGAUAAUGCUUCUAUUCACGGCGAACGAUUCCACGUCUGAUCCAAAGUCGAGCAAUGAUGCUGGCGUGUUCAGGAAAGUCUCCAUCAGCCUCGAGAUCGGCCUGAAUGGCCGGGUAUCGGUUGUGGAUAUGACAGGGUUACUGGAUGACGACGCAGAUAAGCAGGACGCGAAAGAAGCUGAUGGUCAAAAGAACGAGGCAUCCGAACUCCAAAGCAAGAUGGCCCGCGUUUUGGAGAUUUCUCAAGACAUUGGAAUACUGGUCGAAUGGGUCUUGCGAUGGGCGCAGCAGCGAAACAGCCGGUGA